AUGGAAAAUUUGGAUAAUGACAUCAAGAGUCAUGAAAAUGAUGAACAUGAAUUAGCUGUUGCUGAUAUGAUCAAAAUCUUGUUGAAUUUUGCAGAAAAUGAAAGUUUUGAAGAGAUACAAAUGCCAAAUCAUUGUGGAUGGAUUUGUCAACCUAAGCUACAGGAAUUGCCCCGAUUAUGCAGCAAAAGCUGCGUGGCUUCCAGUGCCGUACCGUCUAGUAACGAAUUUAAUUUCAAUAAAUGGGCGACCCGCUAA